CAGUGACAGUAGGCUCAGAGAAGGAAAAGCACCAACACUGCAACAGAUUCAAACACUGAAACAGUGAGCUACAUGUGAAGAGUGAUCGACCGAAGCACCAAAGAAAACUGAUACUUUUUCCCCAUUCAGUAUCGUGGAAUUUUCAGCGCAUUUGGAGUGGAAUAGUUCGCAGGCAUGGCUGCUCGGCUGCUGCGUAAAACUGGGGAAGCGAUCAAGCACAGUCCGGGUGCUCUGCGGCGAGCUAUGAAGGGCAGUAAUACAUACAGCUUCGGCGAGGAAGAAGCCCAGGAUCCAUUCAAAGUCGGACUCAGUUUCUACGUGACCUACUUAGGAUUCGAGAAGAUGGAGUCAGUGGCCGUGGCGGACAAAGAGACAGUACGGAAAGUGGACGGAAUUGUGAGCCGAGUGAUUGCCGCGAAGAAGACGACUCCUGUCAAGCGGCUGGUUCUCGUCGUCAGUGGCCAAAAGCUGAGCAUCCUGGAUCGUCGCGACGCGAUGGACGUCAUUCGCAUACCGCUCUAUGCCGUGGCGUACGCCGGCUCUCACCCGAUACACAAUAAUGUGUUCGUAUUCCUGGAGAGCAAGGAUACCUCGUCCACCUCGUGUCACGUCAUGCUCUGCGAAAGCACGAAAAUGGCCAGAACUCUGGUGCGCGUCACGGCCAAGGCGUUUCAGAAUGCGUUCCUCGACUGGCAGGCCAAUCAAAAGAAAGACUCUGCCAGUCAGAAGCGAGAGGAGCGCUUAGCUGCGCACCAGAACUCGGUGGAGUCCAGCGCACAGGCCGGUGGAGAAAUCCCUAACAACAUGGUUCUGGCUAGAACUGGUGAGGAUGCGACUACACCUGCUGAACCCGAACCUGAGCCUGAGCCAGAAGAGAAUUUGUAUGAGGAGGUGAGUGCCUACGUACCUCCGGAGAAAGAGGAGAAGUUGGCCCGCCACCGCUCGUUCUACCGCCGCUCCAGUGCCGUUAUCAACCCGCAUGUGCUGAGCACGGGUGACCUGGCCAUCAAGCCGGAGGAAGACCUGAACUAUGAGGAGAUCAAGGAGUUUGCGCAGACCUUCGACAACGAUACAGCAGGAGAGUGACCCAUGCCUGCUAACCACUAGCACAGUCAUGUACAUGUACUGAGUCACAAUCUGAUCAUGCCGAUGAGUAACUUACUCCGAGCUAUCAGCAGGUGAAUUUGAAUUGACUGGUACAUGUGUAUAUUGUAAGCAUUCUAUCAAUCCCUAUGCCCUUUUGGGCCUUGAGACUUUCUUUUAUCUAAGACGGUGAACUUUAUUACUAUACAUAAAGUGGGCACUUGCGACGACAUAUUAGGAGAUUUCCUGAUUCGAUUUGCACUGUGCACUGUGAAUUGCCACUGCAAACUUUUUUCUCAGUUUUUUUCAAUACUGAAGUAUUUCUACUUUGUAAAGGAGUGCAGAAGGAAUCACGCAUACUCUUCACCAGUCCUGGGAUGCACCAGUACAUGUAUAAUUCUUCCAAAGUGUCUCCCGGCCAUGAGGCGGCAUCAUCAGGGAGUUGCAUUGCAGUGAAUAAUGUUACAGUGCAGGUCUUCUUAUCAGCUAUCUGACGAUCGCUUCAUCAUCAAACUGAGAGUUACAAAAUUAAUACAUUUUUGUUGUACAUGUAAA